AUGUGCUUGGCUGCCCCAAUUGGCGGCGAGUUGAGUCCCUUGGGCCGGUCUGAGGCUGGGGGAAAGCCCACUGACCACCCCAGUGGCCCGGAGGAGGAGGAGGGGAGGUCGUGUGCACCCCGGAGGCUGGCCUCUGGGCACGAGCCCCUCUCCUGGGUGGAGUCUGGUUGCCACUGGGAUGGGGUGGGACCAGGGAGUCCUCGGGGGUGGGGGUGUGGAGGCCUGUGGGUCUACAGUGUGGAGCACUGGGCCUUGCCCAGCCAAGGGGGCAGAAAGAAGGGCCUGGUGCCCCUCUUUGCAGGGCAGCGCAGGUAG